AGGGCACAAAACAUUAGAACCCCGUGUGUAACUGAACUUAUAUGUGACUGUUCAUCCUGUAUCAGAGCCUGUCGGGGUGACAGUUCCUGCGCUGCUGCUCCUUCUAUUCCUGCAUUCCCUGACACAAUGAAUCCCUACAUAUAUGUAUAAAAUGUGAUAAUGAUUUCUCAUGCUUGUAUCUCUGCCAGACGGUGAAUAUGAAGAUAAGAGAGAGAUUCCAGCUGAUCUGGGAGGAACAUUAUGUUAUAAUAAUGAGCCAAGCAAGAUUGGGGCUGAAAGAGCAGAUAUUUGUGCCGACGGAAAUCUCACAAACCCUGAAAUGUCUCGAGUGGAACAGCCCCCACCGGCCAAUGGGAUUAAAGAGGAGGCGGCUUCAUGGGAAGAAGGAAACCUUUCUGAUUUUAGAAUUAUUACUGUUCAGGAAUCAAUGCAGCAAACUAAUACAUCUGCUCCAAUCAUAGGAUCCAGUCUAAAUACCAUCUUAUUAGACAGAGAUGUAUCAAAUGGGAUUAAAGAAGAAGUAGCUUCAUGGGAAGGGGAAGACCAAUCAGAUUGCAGCAUUAAUCCACUUACGGAACAGAUCCAGGGAACAGAUACUCCUGCUCUCAAAAUGGAGAUGAAUACCUUUUCCGAGUGCUAUAGUACUAAGCCCCAUCUUUUCAAGGAUCAGAAAACUCAUUCAGGCCUUAGAAACCAUAAAAAAUAUCACGCGGGAGAGAAACAGUUUUCCUGCUCUGAAUGUGGGAAAUCUUUCACCUGUCACUCAGGCCUUAAUGCGCAUCUCAGAGUUCACACAGGGGAGAAACCAUAUUCCUGCUCCGAAUGUGGGAAAUCUUUCACCCGUCGCUCAAGCCUUAACGCGCAUUUCAGAGUUCACACAGGAGAGAAACUAUUCACUUGUACAGAAUGUGGGAAAUCUUUCCCCCGUCUGGCACGGUUUAACAUACAUCUCAGAACUCACACAGGGGAGAAACCAUUCCCUUGUACGGAAUGUGGGAAAUCUUUCACCUGUAGAGGACAGCUCAACACACAUCUCAGAUGUCACACAGGAGAGAAACUAUUCACAUGCACUGAAUGUGGCAAAUCUUUCAUUCACGUUUCAGAGCUUAAUAAACAUUUCAGAGUUCACACAGGGGAGAAACCAUUUGCUUGUACUGAAUGCGGUAAACGUUUUACUCGUCGUUACCAGCUUACUGAACAUUCCUACUCGCACACAGGGGAGAAACCAUUCACUUGUACUGAAUGCGGUAAAAGCUUUACUCGUCAUUACCAGCUUACUGCCCAUUACCUGUUACACAUAGGAGAGAAACCAUUUGCUUGUGCUGAAUGUGGGAAAGGUUUUUCUCGUCGUGACCAGCUUAAUGCACAUUCCCACUUGCACACAGGGAAGAAACCAUAUUCUUGUUCUGAAUGUGGGAAAAGCUUUACAUAUCAAGGAGACCUUUCCUCACAUCUCAGGACUCACACAGGAGAGAAACCAUUUUCUUGUUCCGAAUGUGGGAAACGUUUCACCCGUUGUUCAGAACUUAAUGCACAUAUCAGACGCCAUACGGGAGAGAAACCCUACACUUGUGCUGAAUGUGGGAAAUCUUUUGGUAAUCGUACAGGCCUUAAUCACCAUAAAAUAAUUCAUACAGGAGAGAAACCAUUUUCCUGUUCUGAAUGUGGCAAAGGUUUCAGCCGUCGACAAGACUUAACCAUACAUUUCAGAAUUCACACAGGGGAGAAACCAUUCACCUGUACCGAAUGUGGGAAAUCUUUCACCAGUUCCUCACAGCUUUACGAACAUCGCAGAGGUCACAUAGGAGGGAAAUCGUUCACUUGUACUGAAUGUGGGAAAAUUUUUACCCGUAUAUCACAUCUUAAUAUACAUCUCAGACGUCACACAGGAGAGAGACCAUUCACUUGUACUGAAUGUGGGAAGUCUUUCACCUGUAUCGCACAGCUUAAUUUACAUCGUAGACACCACACAGGAGAGAAACCCUACACUUGUACUGAAUGUGGGAAAUGUUUCUGUACUCGCACAGGCCUUAAUCACCAUAAAAUAGUUCAUUCGGGAGAGAAACCAUUCACAUGUACUGAAUGCGGUAGAUGUUUUAGUCGUCGUUGCAAGCUUAAGGCACAUUCCCGCUUACACACAGGGGAGAAACCAUUUGCUUGUGCUGAAUGUGGGAAAUGUUUUGCACGUCAGGACCAGCUCACUGCACAUUCCCGCUUACACACAGGAGAGAAACAAAUUUCUGAUAAUAACUGUACAUUUACAGACUUUCAUUAUCAGGGAUGUUCCAGAAACCUGGAUAAGGGAAUCAUCUGUAUUAGGGAUCUUACACUAAGGCAUAUCUUCGUUCAUACAUGGAUCCUGAAUCUCACACUGGAGAUUAUCUAUCUGCUGACUGGAGAGGGCUACGUCAUCCCUAAGAAGAAGAGCCCAACUGUGGGUUUGGGGGCCCUGCAUGCCCCUGGCUCCGUCAUACAGAAGGAAAAUGACAAGAAGAUCCUGGAACUCAUCUCCAACAUCAUCCAGCUGCUGACUGGAGAGGUUGCCAUAAGGUGUGAGGAUGUUUCCAUCUAUUUUUCCUUGGAGGAGUGGGAGUAUAUAAAAGGAAACCAGGCCCUUUACAGGGAAGGGAUAAAGGAGGAGGAGGAGCCCCAGCAGCUCCGCCCACUGGACGGUGAAUAUGAAGAUAAGAGAGAGAUUCCAGCUGAUCUGGGAGGAACAUUAUGUUAUAAUAAUGAGCCAAGCAAGAUUGGGGCUGAAGGAGCAGAUUUUUGUGCCGACGGGAAUCUCACAAACCCUGAAAUUUCUCCAGCGGAACAGCCCCCACCGCCCAAUGGGAUUAAAAAAGAGGCAGCUUCGUGGGAAGGGGGAAACCAAUCAGAUUGCAGCAUUAAUCCCCUCACACAACAGAUACAGGGAACAUGCACACCUACUCCCAAUAUGGAGAUGUAUAACUGUUCUGAGUGCCAUAAACACUUUAAAACUAAGGCCGGUCUUUUCAAGCAUCAGAAAACUCACACAGGGAUAAAACCAUUUUUUUGUUCUGUGGAAAGCCAUUCCGACUUUAUUGCACAUCAGAGAAGUCACACGACAGCGAAACCAUUUACUUGCUCUGAAUGUGGGAAAUGUUUCACCCGUCGCUCAGGCCUUAACGCACAUCUCAGACUUCACACAGGUGCAAAGCCAUUUUCUUCUUCGGAAUGUGGGAAAUCAUUUACAUAUCCCUCGGCCCUUAGAACCCAUAAAGAAUAUCACACGGGAGCAAAAACAUUUUCUUGUUCUGAAUGUGGGAAAUGUUUCACCUGUCGCUCAAGGCUCAACAGACAUCUCAGAAUUCACACAGGAGAGAAACCAUUCACGUGUACUCAAUGUGGGAAAUGUUUCACCCGUCGCUCAAGCCUUAACAUACAUUUCAGAACUCACACAGGGGAGAAACCAUUUACCUGCACUGAAUGUGGGAAAUGUUCUCGUAAUCUCACACACCUCAAAAUCCACCAAAUGGUUCACAAAGGAGAGAAGCCAUUUUCCUGCCCUGAAUGUGGGAAAAGUUUUACCCGUCGCUCAGGCCUUAACGCCCAUCUCAGACUUCAUACUGGGGAGAAACCGUUUUCUUGUUCGGAAUGUGGGAAAACAUUUACAUAUCCUUCGGGCCUUAGAUUCCAUAAAAAAUAUCACUCAGAAGCAAAACCUUUUUCUUGUCCAGAAUGUUGGAAAUGUUUUACCCAUCGCUCAUGUCUUACCAGACAUCUCAAAAUUCACACCGGAGAGAAACUGUUCCCUUGUUCUGAACAUCAUUCCGAGCUCACUACACAUUCCCAGUUACACACAGGGGAGAAACCAGUUUCUGAGUAACUGUCCAUAUACAGAGUGCGUAACGUAAAAUUAUAUUUCCUUUUUGUUAAAAGAUGAUUCCACCUCAAUAAAAUCUUAAUGCUUUUG